UCCACCCAGUUUGAUCUCCAGUAUAAAAACAGGGGGCGCAGCACAGGAGAAACCAAACCAAGAGUUCAACUUCUGCAGCGUUUUACCUCCGGCAAAAUACUGGUGGGAAAAAAAUGACAUCUUUAUAGCUGGAGAAGCUGAAGUCUGAUCAAGGAUUCUCGGGGAGAAGAUUGCAAACUUUAUAUGCAGGAUUUGUCUUUUAAUUAAAUAGAUUUUUUUUAAUGUAUAUAUACUAUUUCUAUUCCAGACGCUUUGUGUCCGAGUUUAAAGUUAAAAUGCGUCCGCUAAAUGAGAGCGACUUUGUGGAUGCGUACGACGUCCCGCGGGACGAGAGUCUGGCCCGGGUGGAGAUCGCGCUGCUCGGUGCGAUCUUCGUGACCGCCACCAUCCUCAACACCGCCCUGCUGCUGCUCCUCUGGCGGCAGCGCAAGCAGAUGUCCAGGAUGCGCGUCUUCGUCUUCCACCUGUGCCUGGCGGACCUGGUGGUCGCCUUUUUCCAGGUGUGCCCGCAGCUCAUGUGGGACAUCACGGACCGGUUCGUGGGACCCGACCUGGUGUGCCGCCUGGUGAAGUACCUGCAGGUCCUGGGCAUGUUUUCCUCCACCUAUAUGAUCGUGGUGAUGACGGUGGACAGAUACCAAGCCAUCUGCAACCCGAUGGUGAAGUUUCAGCGGGCGCGCUCGAGACUGAACGUUCCCGUGUGCGUGGCGUGGGGGGUCUCUCUCGUGGGGAGCUUGCCGCAGGUUUUUAUCUUCUCCCAAGUGGAGGUCGCACCCGGUGUGUUUGACUGCUGGGCGGACUUCAUCCAGCCCUGGGGGCUGCAGACCUACAUCACCUGGACCACUCUGGUCAUUUUCAUCCUGCCGGUUUCCACGGUGGUAGUUUGCCAGGUGCGCAUCUGCAGAGCCAUCCAGACCAACCUGUCCAGAAAGACUCACAGGCAGGGAGUGAGCGUCGGGGCGCCGCUGCCAGCAAGAGCCAGCGGAGCGGCUGGGAUGUCCAAAGCCAGGGUGAAGACGCUGAAGAUGACCGUGGUCAUUGUGUUGGUGUAUGUCAUGUGCUGGGCUCCCUUCUUCACCGUCCAGCUGUGGUCCGCCUGGGACGCAAAUGCGCCUAAAGAGACUGCGAUUUUCACCAUCCUGAUGCUGCUGGCCAGCCUGAACAGCUGUGCCAAUCCCUGCAUCUACCUCCUGUUCUGCGGGGAGUUCCCCAAGAGGCUGGUGAAACUCCUGCGUCCACCGGCGCUCUCUGCCGCAAUUAUCAGGAGAGCAAAUCAGGGAUGGAUGGCCGUAAAUGAGAUGUGGACAGAGUCUCCUUCAGAUGUUGGUCUGAAAGGUGAUUUUACUUAAAUGGAGCAUUUUCAACUGGAUAAAGACUUUUUUUUUUUUUUUUUCAUGUAACAGGAUAUUUCUAAAGCCUGGAAGAGAUUGGACUUUUGUGGGCUCUUAUUUUUAUUUUCAGUUGUGCAAUGUUUUAUUUUUUUUAUAUACAAAGGUUUGUGGAAAGAAAUAUUACAGACACAACAAAUUGUACCACAGAUUGACAGUCAUUUGUUGGAUCUGGGUUUCAUUGUUCAAUAAUAAGCUGCUGGAAAAGCUAAAGAACAAAAGUCUUUGUAUAAAUGUACAAAAAGGUUUGAUGUUUUUGUUCUGAAAAAAAGUGUUCAUGUUUGUUGUGAUGAAGACAAAUUUUCUGACAAGUGAAUAAUAAAUCUAUAGAGGCACUAUUUCUGUUACUUUCUUUCUAAGGUCAUAUGAAAUGAUAAUAUUACAGGCAUAAACUUGAAAUGAAUCGUGUGUUACAUUGUCUUGCUAAAGUAUUCCUGCCCCACGAACAAUCCCAACUUGUUAUGUUACAACCAUGAACUUCAAUGUAUUUUGCUGGGAUAUGUGACAGACCAUAAUAAAUUAUUAUAUAAUUGUGAAAUAGAUUUGAAUAAAUUGUUUUCAAAAUGCUUUAUUGAAUAAACUGAAUGAAAACUGAGGUGGCAGCAUCGUGGCGUGGGAUGCUUUUCUUCAGCGGGAAUCGGGAAGCCAGCCAGAUUUGAAUAUUCUGUUUAAAUUAAAUGUUUAAAGGAUCCUACUAGCCAUAGUUGGACUUUGUAGCUGUCCUUGUUAAACAUCUGGAAUUAGCGUAUUAUCUACAGGUCUGCAGACUGAUGAGGAAUUUUAACACGAGUAGCGCAGCUUGCCAGCAGCAAGAUGACAAAUGUUUGACUUUCACCUUGUAUACAUGCAAAGAACAUGUUGGAUUUAUUUUCACUGCACCAGCUGAAAACAAGUUAUGUUUCAAUGCUGUCGUGUCUCUUUCUCUUCAUGUGAUAACAAAGGAAUCUGAAUGUAAUGUUUUCAAGGUUAAUUUUAAAGUAAGGACACAGAAAGUUUAUCCUGCUUCCUGACCAAGCUGCUUAUUCAUGUAAGGCAUUUUAAGAAAUAAUAGUGUCAGUAUUAGCAGCUAGUAUUCACUUGGAGAUAUUUUAUUUUCUCAAAACCCUGAGUGUGAGAAACACAAUUAAAGUGUUACUAUUAAUAGGAGGAAUAAUUCAAACAUUUCCCAUUUUAGAAGAGGAGGAUGAGAAGCCCUGUCUGUUUACUUAAGGAAAAGAGACUCUACAGUCGUGUGUCCUUACUCACUCACUUAUUUAUUUACCUUUUGAGAGAGCUACACCAGACUUUCCAGAAGAAUGACAUGAACAUCAUGUCAUUUUGGGUUAAUAAAACAUUAAUGACACUGGGGGUUUUUUUCAGUGUGCAAUUACAAGUUCAACUACUUUUAAGAACAUGAGUUAGGUGCACAUGUUUGAUUUAUAUACAUUUGUAGAUUAUCUGCAAUUUACACAAGAUUAAACUUAUACGUACAAGAUCACAUAUCCAUCUAAAUCUCUGAACAAGUGGUGCUGAAUGUGUUAGGAUGUUUUUUAACUGGACAGGACCGAUGCCUGCUAAUGUUUGGUAAGUGGUUAUGGCUGACUGCAUCUGGUGCUUUUUCUUUAACAACAUGAAAAGGGUUUGUUUGACAGCACUCGUAGGAUUGGCCGGUACUCUGAACACCGGCUGGGUCCAAUGAACUGAGUGAAGAUCAGGGGAGAGUUGCAGAUAUAUACAUAUAUGGAGAGUUUUGUUUUUUUUAGCAAUGUCUAAACAGUUUUAGAUUCUGUAAUUAUAGGUUCAACCAUUACUAGAAUUACUUGUUUCAAAUGCUUUGCACUUUGCCAAGGUCUUACAGAUGACCCAAACUGUCACCUCCAGGAGAAGGCAAACUGGUUUGGAUGUUCAAGAGAUACCCAGCAACUUUGAAAGCACAAGCCAGAUAGGCAAUCUAAAUAAAAAGGCAUGAU